CCCAGCCGUGUCGCGACACCGUUGCCUAGGCCCAGCCGACCCUCGACGUCGCCCAAGCUGCCUCGCCGUCGCUCCUGCCUCGAUCAAUAUUGGACAUUGUUCUCUUUUGGAGCAAGAGGAAUCAAUUGUUGUGGAAAUGACAAGGAAGAUGCUAGGUGAUGGGGAUCUGGAUGAAUCUAAUGAAGGGGAGGCUCUUUACGACUUCGAUUUGUCUGUGAUUGGGGCAGGAAGUGGAGGAGUUCGUGCCUCGCGAUUCUCUGCUCAGUAUGGAGCUAAGAAAAUGUUGGGAAGAAGAUUUGGUAGUUUGAUGCGAGCUGCCCUAGUUGAAUACCCAAGGUUUCCUAGCCCUGAAGCAGCUGGCAGCUUGAAAUGUAUGUAUGAUUUAAGCAGUGUGAGGGCUUACAGUAGCCUGUUGGCACUGAACGAUCUGAGAGAUAACCCAGGGUCUCGGCAGCAGAAGACUCGGAAGGGGCGGGGUAUCGGGUCGGGUAAGGGAAAGACGGCCGGCCGGGGUCACAAGGGUCAAAAGGCUCGUGGUACCAUGAAAUUCGGAUUUGAAGGUGGCCAGACGCCUCUUCGUCGCCGCCUCCCUAAACGAGGCUUCAACAAUCCUUUCUCUCUCACAUUUCAGCCACUUAUUUUGGCUGUGGAAAUGAUCCCCUAUGCAUUGAUGAAGGGAGAAAUACAUUCUGAGAGUCCUAUUUACCUCAGUGAAAGUAUAAAUGUAAUGCGGAUCUCAAUCUCAGGUACUCUUGCUGUACAUGGAUCUAUUGAGUGGUGUUGACAUGGACAUAGUUAGUUUCGUAAGGUGUUGUAUGGGCAUAUUGGUUUAUGGUAGUUUUUUUUUUUUUAAUGUUAUUUUUGUUUUCUUUUGACUUUAGAUAGAACUAUUGUACUAAUUAACAUUUUGAUUA